AUGGAUGUUCAAGACGCUCAAGAGUAUCUCACCACCCUAGUCCGCUCGACUUCAGAACAAUUCCAUAAACUCCCAGGGUCAGCCAUCUUCUUACGCUACGUGAAAUCGAGUUAUCAGAACGAUCCCAUUCGAUCCGCCGUUGAACUCUUCCUCGUCCUUUUUGCCAUACGCUACCUGCUUGCCCCCAAAUACUCCACCAAGCCGAAUUAUGUGAAGUUAUCAGAUGAGGAAAUUGAUGACCUGGUCGACGAGUGGACGCCCGAGCCUCUCGUGGGGAAGACGACCCCUUUUGAAGAGGCAGAUCUAGAGAAAAGACCAGUUAUCGUUGGACCCAGCGGUCCACGGUCCAAGCUGGCUAAUGGACGUACCGUGACGAAUCUCGCAUCCUACAAUUUCUACAAUUUCGUCUCGAACGAGAACCUGAAAGAGCGGGCGAUUCAAACACUGCGGACUUAUGGAGUCGGUCCAUGCGGCCCCCCGGGGUUUUAUGGCACGCAGGACGUGCACAUGAAGAUUGAGGCCGACAUCGCCGCAUUCCUGGGCACUACGGCGUGCAUCAUCUAUGCGCAGGCAUUCUCUACCAUAUCCAGUGUGAUUCCGGCCUUCUCCAAGAGAGGUGAUAUCAUCGUGGCGGAUAAGGCGGUCAAUUACGCAAUCAGGAAAGGAAUGCAGAUUUCCAGGAGUACGAUUCGCUGGUACGAGCAUAAUGAUAUGGAAGAUUUGCAGAGGGUGUUGGCCAAGGUCACAAAAGAACAAGCCAGGAAACCGCUGACGAGACGUUUUAUUAUUACAGAAGGCUUGUUCGAGAAUGUUGGUGACAUGGUCGAUCUACCAAAGAUUAUCGAACUAAAACUCAAGUACAAGUUCCGCUUGAUCUUGGACGAGACGUGGUCCUUUGGAGUCCUCGGCCGCACAGGACGGGGCAUCACCGAACACCAACAUGUCGACGCAGCUGAAGUCGACAUGCUCAUCGGUGCUAUGUCUGGCCCGCUCGCUGCAGCCGGUGGCUUUUGCGCCGGAUCAGACGUGGUUGUUGAACACCAACGUCUGUCGGCAGCCGCCUACACUUUCUCGGCCGCCCUGCCUGCCAUCUCGGCCGUGACCGCCAGCGAGACCCUCAUGAUGCUGCAGACUCAACCCGAGCAUCUGUCUCAACUACGCGAGAAUCUCAAGACUAUGUGGUUGCAGUUGGAUCCGCGCAGCGACUGGAUGUACUGUACGAGUGCCCCUGAGAAUCCAAUCAUGUUGCUCGUGCUCAAGCCGGAGGUUGUCUCGUCGAGGAGAUUGACAUUGGAUGACCAGAAAGUGCUGUUGCAGGAUAUUGUGGAUGAGUGCCUCGCACAAAACGUGCUCAUCACACGCAUGAAAACACUCCCGACAGGCGCCUCCAAGACCGAGAUCUAUACACCUCUUCCGGCGCUCAAGGUGUGUGUAACCACAGGCCUAUCCAGGAAGGAAAUCGAAAAGGCCGGUAUCACCAUCCGCCAUGCCAUCACCAAGAUCCUCUCGAAGAAGCGAUAG